UCAGGCAGAUCUCAUCUAAGCCUGGCAGCUUGCAACUGAUAUUUUCAUAAAACAACUACAAAUAUAUAUUAACCCAAACUAUGUUUUCUUGAAACUUUGUGAAACGAAUCUUGGAGCUUUCGCAGAGACUGGAAACCCUGAAUGGCUACAUCUCGACGUCGACCGGAAUCAGAGGCCGCAACCCAUGAGGGUGCAGCUGAGCGGCAGGAGCUUUUUAACCGUAUUGCUCCUGUCUAUGAUAAAUUGAAUGAUGUGUUUAGCCUGGGAAUGCAUAGAUUAUGGAAGAGAUGGUCUAUAUCUUGGAGCGGGGCAAAAGAAGGAGACAAGGUGUUGGAUGUGUGCUGUGGAAGUGGGGAUUUGAGUUUUCUGUUGUCUCAGAAAGUUGGAGUCAAUGGCAAGGUUAUUGCUCUAGAUUUCUCCAAGGAGCAAUUACAGGUAGCUGCAUCUCGUCAGCGAGAGCGCUCAAAGUCAAAUCCCUGCUACAAGAACAUUGAGUGGUUCCAAGGAGAUGCGGUCGAUUUGCCAUUCCCUGACUCGACUUUUGAUGCUGCUACAAUUGGCUAUGGGUUGAGAAAUGUCAUUGACAGGAAAAAAGCUCUGGUGCAGAUGCAUCGAGUACUUAAACCGGGUGCAAAACUAUCUGUUCUUGACUUCAACAAGAGCACUAGUCAGUUAAUCUCUACUAUUCAGGAUUGGGCGCUUGAUCAUAUAGUGGUUCCUGUGGCAAGUUGGUAUGGACUUACAAGCGAGUACCGAUACCUGAAGAGCUCAAUCAAGGGAUAUCUGACAGGAGCUGAGUUGGAGAAGCUAGCUUUAGAAGUGGGGUUUUCUGAAGCCAAGCAUUAUGAAAUUGCUGGAGGAUUAAUGGGAAACUUUGUCGCCAAACGCUAGAAAGGUUUCUUUCCGGAGCACCGGCUUCCGCCCAAGGCUUUGUCCUGGCUUUAUGCAAUUUCUGAAGGCUCGUUCAUGUUGUUGUUGUUAUAGUUCUGGUAGUUGCGCUCAUCAGAGGGCUUAUUCUGACACAAUCAACUUCAAUUUCUCUCUUAUACCUAAUGAAAUAACACAUGAAGUUGCAGAA